GAGCACUACAAGUCAAGCCAGUCAAAAGGGGCGGCUGUUCUUGGUUUAUCUAACUUUUCUACGGUUGUUGUGAUCGCCGAUAUCCAAGGCGUCUCUACCCAGCUCUGUAAGACAUGGUUAAGCAAAUUCACGUCAAAGGCUUCGAUGAAUUUCAGAACGUAACGAAGUCACUGAAAUCUAACGAUGUGGCAGUAUGCUUGUUCACUGGGGCUGAAGAUAGUGCGGGUAAGAACUGGUGCCCCGAUUGCGUCGCAGCAAAACCGUUCAUUCAAGAAGCCCUGAAAUCCGCUCCUGCAAAUGCCACGUUUAUCACAUGUGAAGUUGGUGACAGAGCAUACUGGAAAAAUGUGGGAAAUCCCUUCAGGACGACACCAAGUCUGAACAUCCAGAGCGUCCCAACACUGUUGCGCUGGGGAUCGCCGAAGAAACUUGACGGUGCCCAGUGUGAGAAUCCUUCUCUCAUAGCAAUGUUGUUUGAAGAAGAGUAAACUCCGUCAAGACAUCACCAAAAUAAACAAGUUUUAACGACUA